AUGAACGAUAAUACCGAGGAAGCUCUCAUCGCGGGUCUGCCCAUGUCCAAACUCCCGAGCACCUUUCGGGACGCCGUACUUGUGCUCCAUCAACUGGGCAUCCAGUAUCUCUGGAUCGACUCGCUGUGCAUAAAACAGGACAGUCGUGAAGAAUGGUUAAGGGAGGCCCCGAGAAUGCAGCAGGUCUAUGGAAGCGCUGCAGUGAACAUUGUGGCAGCACAUGUUGACAAUCCUGAGUCUGGUCUAUUUCACACUCGCGACCCGAGCUCGAUCGAAUCGACCAUAUGCCGAGCCGAAUGGGAUGACGAACCAACGAAAGACUAUCUCAUUUGGAACCGGAAAGAAUUUGACAACGACUAUACAUCUGCGCCUCUGACGCAACGAGGCUGGGUGUUUCAGGAACGGCUACUGGCUCCUCGCAUCCUCCAUUUUGGCAAGUCACAGGUAUAUUGGCGGUGCUCUGCAUUGUUUGCCUCUGAGAGCUGGCCGUAUGGUACAUCCAACUUCUCUCCCUCGUCUUCAGUCUCGCGGAAGGACGCCGACAUGAUCAUGCAUGGACUCAGUCUGGACAAAUUGAAAAAGACCCCGGGCGGCAGUACUGAUGCGACGACUCAAAUCUACCAUACUGAACUAUGGGCGGAUCUGGUGGCGAAAUACUCCUCAUGUAAAUUCACCAAGAACGAGGACAAGCUAGUUGCAAUGUCGGGGGUCGCCAAAGUGUUCCGUCAAUCGCUCCAUGAGGGAGACCGGUACCUAGCUGGGCUAUGGCGAUCUGAAUUGCCCAAGCUUCUAUGCUGGAGGAGAUCCGUCAGGAGGAAUGAAAGCGACAUAGUAGCGACGCGAACACGACCAAGUGAGUAUCGUGCGCCCUCGUGGUCGUGGGCCUCAAUAGACGGGCCUAUCUCUUAUAGCUUCUUACAUAGAGGGGCCAAUAUUGGUGGAAGGUCGAAGGUACUUCUAAUGGAGCACUUGGCUGAGAUUAUAAAUGCAUUCACAGUGCCAUUAGACAAGGAUGACACGGCCCAAGUGAGCCAUGGGGUUCUAACCAUUCGUGGGAGACUCCAACCGUUCCGGCUCCUUUCUGCCCAGGGAGCAAAUAUCAGGUUUGAGAUCGGUGGCGAAGUUCGAUUCAGCCCCGACAGCAGGUUCAUCGUUGACGCCCUGCUCAACGAAAACGAGCAGCUGGAGGGGAUGGAGUUAUGGGCCCUAUUGGCCCGAUGCUAUAUUGUGAACGCUGGCUUCGUCGACUUAUCUUUCUUGGAAUGUAUUGUUUUGAGGAGACAGGACGAAACCCAGAACUAUCAGCGUGUAGGCAUUUUUACUACCUGCUACGGGGAGGUGGACGGAUAUGAGCCUCUGCACGACCAUGUUUUUGGAGUGUAUGCUGAUGAGAUUAGGACCGAGUCUGAGGGAGGGUUUAUUGCGUGGUUCCAAUUUGCAGCAUGA